GCAGUAAAAUUAAAAAAAUAUUUAUCAAACCGGGAGCUAGUCUUACCGGAGGAAGUUAUCGGUAUUUUGGAUUUCCCUUAGGCUGGUCACACCAAUUAGACGUAGGCACCCGACCCACAGAUUGGAUUCCUCACAAAAGAAGGGCAACAAACCCGCGAUUUUAUUGCCAAUAGGACCAAAACCAGUGGACUGAAGCACUUGCUCUGCUAGCAGGAAAUCGCUGAAAAUGCGCCUCCAGCGUGGGUGCCACCGCCGAGUCCUGUAAUCUUCUGUGAGAGAAUAUCUGGCGGAGAAGAGCGGAUCGGAGCGGAGGAAAGCGGAAAGCCAAGUGAAAACAGAAUUCGGGGCGGCGGCGUCGACGUCAACGAAUCAACGAGACCCGGAUAUUAGGUACCCCGGUGAACUCAUUUCAAGAAGCAUUCCCAAGCAGCGCACCAGUAAACAAGAAGACAAGAUGUGCGGCCUGGACAUAAGACGCUUCUUCGAAGAGUGGCGCAUCUGGAUACGCCCGCUGCUUAUUGUCACCUAUGUCAUAUUCGCUAUCAUCGUGGUGCCGCUGCUGAUUGUGAACUCCGUGAAGGAUGGCUUCCAGCGCAACGACCAGCUCAUUCUCAUCGGCGGACUGUUUGUGCUGUCCGCAGUGCCCGUGUCCAUUUGGCAUAUCAUCCAACACGUCAUUCAUUUUACUAAGCCCAUACUGCAGAAACACAUAAUCCGCAUAUUGUGGAUGGUGCCUAUCUACGCCUUGAACGCGUGGAUCGGCCUUUUCUUUCCGAAGCACUCCAUCUACGUGGACUCACUGCGCGAGUGCUACGAGGCGUACGUCAUCUACAACUUCAUGGUGUACCUGCUCAACUAUUUGAAUCUCGGCAUGGACCUGGAGGCCACAAUGGAGUACAAGCCGCAGGUGCCGCACUUUUUCCCCCUGUGCUGCAUGCGGCCGUGGGUGAUGGGUCGUGAAUUCAUCCACAACUGCAAGCACGGGAUCCUCCAGUAUACGGUCGUGCGCCCUAUCACCACCUUUAUCUCUGUCAUCUGCGAGCUAUGCGGCGUCUACGGCGAGGGCGAGUUCGCGGGCAACGUGGCCUUCCCCUACAUUGUGGUGGUCAAUAAUAUCUCCCAGUUCGUGGCCAUGUACUGCCUAGUGCUAUUUUACCGUGCAAACAAGGAAGACCUCAAACCAAUGAAGCCAAUUCCCAAAUUUCUGUGCAUCAAAGCUGUGGUGUUCUUCUCCUUUUUCCAAGGAGUGCUACUCAACGUACUGGUAUAUUAUAACAUUAUUAAGGACAUCUUUGGUUCGGAUGCGGGGGACACCAACCUGGCUUCCCUGCUUCAGAACUUCCUCAUCUGCAUUGAAAUGUUUAUCGCUGCCGUGGCUCACAUCUACAGCUUCCCGCACCACCCUUUCCACAUCAACUCGCCGCAGUACUGGAACAACCCGAAUCACAGCUGGUGUCGCGCUUUCCUCUCCAUGAUGGACAUAUCCGACAUGCAGGAGGAUGUCACCGAGCAUCUGGGCGUCGUGGGCAGCUCACUGAGUCGUCGCUUCCAGGGACGCAGCACAUACCAGCCGCUGGCACGCAGUCCUCGUCGCUCCAGUAGUGAGUCCGAGUAUCUGAUCAGCAAGCGGCAAGAUCAGCAGCUGCCGGGCAACUCGUCGCAAUCAGGUAACAUGUAUGGUGCAACAUCCAGUCGCCUGAUAGUGCCUGUGUAUGAUGGCAAGCUGAACACACUGCCCGAAAGUCAACCUACUCACUCCCAAUCUCGAUUUCCUUUAGCAGGCGAGGCCGACGAUGGGAACAGUAGCAAUAGCAACUACCAACAACAACAACUACACUUGCCGGGAGCGGCGGGCUCUCAGCCGUCGACCCGUCAACGCGAUACAUUGCAUCUUCGCGAGCGUGAAAGAGAUCCGGGUGCGGGUGCUGGCGUCGGUGGCAGUUUCCUACGCCUGCCCCCUGGUGCUGCCUCAGCAGCAGCGCCUAUUCCCGAGUCCAACGAUGAUUAUGCGCUGCUUUUGGGCGCGGGGGCAGGCAGGUGACACCGCUACCAACAAUAUCAGUACCAGCAUCAUCAGCACCCGCACAUUGACGACGCUUUCGAGGACGAAGAUGGCGUGGACGUGAGCCAGCAGUUGAAUGCCUCGUCACUUAGCGCCUCGCUAUCCGUUUCGUUUGGCAUGUCAAGCAGCCUAAAGUUUAGUGCCACUGGCAGCAACCAGUCGGCGUCCGAGUGGUCAAACUCAACGGGCGGGGAUAAUGACGCUGAGGACGGUGACUUAGACGUGGACGGAGAGGAUGGAGACGUUGAAGAUGACGGUGCUGGUGUGCACCCAGUGGUCUUUAUUGCCUCCACGACGCGGCGACGCCGCGAUCGAGAGUACAUCACCUAGACGCGCUGACCUUAAAACCUUUAUCAGUUAUAUGCUAUGCUUAUAUUUAUUGUUUUCCCAGAUCUUGAUUUGUGCUAGGCAUAGAAUACUCAUGAAACGAACACUUUCUAGCGGCCCAUUAAAUGGGGCAUUUGAAUUGUGGCCUUAGUUUUCAUCGCGAAA